AUGAUGGCCUCACACCCCACGGCAUCGGCCGCAGCAGCUAACAAUGAGAUGCCAUCUACACAGCCAACCUGCCAGAACUGCGGCACUUCGACCACUCCCUUAUGGCGUCGCGACGAGACCGGUUCGGUUUUAUGCAAUGCCUGUGGUUUGUUCUUGAAGCUACAUGGCCGACCACGCCCGAUUUCUUUGAAGACCGAUGUUAUCAAGAGCCGAAAUCGCGUCAAGACAAUGCGACCAGAUAUGCAGAUGAAGAAGAAGCAAAGUCUUCCUGCAGCCGCGAGCACCAAUGGAAAUAACUUCCAAAAUCAUGAUAAUGCAACUGCCGCUGCACUUGCUGUCGUUCGCGCAACGCAACAGAAGGCAACCAACGGACACGGUCACGGUACAGAUUCGCCCGUGUCGCGCACUGCGACCCCGUCUCUCUAUGAUCCACAUCUGACUGCGUUCCAAGCUAUGGAUCAUUUCCACUCGGACGGACUGAAUCAAUACCCGCUUUCUGGUGGUUCGCCCAACCACCCCCAAUCCCCUAUGAAUGGCGACCAACAAGCCUUAGAAGUCCCGCAAACCCAUGAGCAGCUAAUUGCCGCCAAUUCGAGCCUGAAGACACGCGUUAAUGAGUUGGAGCUCGUCAUCGAGUUAUACAGGGGCCGUCUACAGCAACUCGAGCAGGACAUGCAAACCGCCGAUAACUUCCGUCAUAGUGCUGAGAACUCCGCCAAAGAGGCUGCCACAGAGCGCAUGCAACGCGACGAGAUCCAGAGACAACUUGAGGAUAGCCACCGACGCGAGAAUAUCCUCAAGAGACGACUCGAUGAGAUGGAGCAGGAAAAUCAAGAAUUGAAGACCAAGAUAGAAGAUACCGAGAACGAGAGCGAGCACAUAGGAAAGAAGCCAAAGCUGGACGAGACGGCAAAGCCUGAGGAAACGGCAGAGGUGCCAACACCACAGUCGGCCUCUUGAAAAAAGAUUUGGUAGCAUGGCCCAUUCCCCUUCUACAUUUCAUGAUACCUGCUUAUAACCCAAUCAAUCCUGUGCACUGUGUAACAAUAAUUGGCCACGACUUUCUUUGCGUCUGCUUUAUUUUCUUUGUUCUGGAGGCCGAACGAUAUGGAGGGCACCGAGGGGAUUCGGUUUUCAGACUCGGAGACGUCUACGGCUUCUCUAAUUCUUAGUUGACAUACGUGGGAAACGAUAAAAUACUUGCGGUGGCCCGUCGGGUUGGCAUGGUCAAAAUACUGAGUGAGUGGUAUUAAGCGGUGGAAAACCUUCGUCACGAUAUGGAACGAGUGGGUUGAUUGACUUUUAAUGGCUGGUUGCAACUCCACGACAGACCUAUUAGGAGGAUAAGGGAACAUGAAAGGAGUUUAAAGGAGUCACCAAACCAGUCGAAUAUCAAUUCGCCGGCUAAUGGCCAAUAAAAGUUGAUUUGCUUCUUUAAUAAUGAUACCAAACUUGGAUCAGUCUAUACUGCAUGUGGCUACCUUUUCAUAUUUGAAAGGUUUGCUGAAGUGAUUGAUUGGCCAUGAGGCUCUGCAUAGCAAU